GCUCGCCUGUCCGCCUACAUACAUACAUACAUACAUCCAGUUUGUCCGCAUGGUGGUGAAGUUACGGACUUGUGUUUGCUCACCUCCGAAUCAGAACCGCUGUUGGUCUCGGACUCGUUGACGAGGGAGGACUUGACGUCGUCCAGGUCCCGGUCCGCGGCCACGCUGGUCUUGUCGUCGUGCUCGCCCUCAUCCUUGAAGCGGAGAAGCUCGUCGUUGGCGCCCAAGUCUUCGCCGUCAGCGGGGCUCAGCUGCGGCAUGCUAGCAGUUAGCCGCGACGCCAGCACACUUCCACAACAAACUAGCACCAGCCAGCUAAUUCAACUAGUAGCUAACUUUGGCCUCGGUUUUAUUCCCCGAGGAACGCCGACGGCAUCAGGCGACUGACUUUCUCGUCGGGGUGUCGCGAAAAGGCCCAAAAAGUGUGUUAAAAAACAGUUGGAGCUAACAGUUAGCUGCCUGCGGCGUUCACUGACGCUACUGCUCGAUGUGCUCGGAAUUCCUGAGGUGUGGACCAAGUCCCGCGCUCUUAGCCCUCGCACGGUCACGCUGCUUUCUAAGAAAGCUCCGAAAGGAAAACGGCGAGGAAUAAAAGUGAGUUAGCAUCGCCUGAGCUGCGAGGUGACGGAGCGAAAACUUUCCUUCCCGUCGUGAGCACUUCACGUCCCCCCCACCCCACCCGCGGAUGAAGAAAAGUCUACUUUCCUACAUUGUUCAUGCCGCGUGAACCUCUCACACAGCGUCUGCGGGAGCGCGCACACGUCCGAGGGGCUGCGCUUGUGUUUUCCCUGCGUGCACACGCGGGGAAACGCACGAGUUUCUGUUCGGAGGUUCGGCAGGGAGAACGAACAACACGGCGACACCAGCCGAUCCUGGGUCCGCCUCCUCCGCUUGCUGCGGCUGCAGUUGCCGCUCAGCUGAUCCUGGGUCGGCAACACAACAGGUUGGGGAGCCGCGGCGCGGCGAACGGGAGGAGUCUGGUCUGCCAAUCACAGCUCACCUGAUGUGAUCUAAGAGAACGCCACUGAUUGAACAAGCUGAGGACACGCCCUGGACGGGACGGAUGCUGUAGGCGAGUCUGUGUCGGGAAUGCAGCCCGUCUGGUUCUCCUCAAACGGGUCGGACUCCGCCGACUGGUCUGGAAGUGACUUUUCAAUCGGCGCUCGGAAACGACCCUUUCGUCUUCUCCUCGUCCCGCGGCAGGCAAAAUGGCGCUCAACCUGAGCAAGAACGGCGUUGAGCUGAUGGCGGCCUACAAGGAGGUGGUGGACGACCGCUCCGACACAAACUGGGCUUUGUUCACCUACGAGGGCAACAGCAACACCAUCCGUUUGGCGGGAAAAGGAGAUGGGGGACUGGAGGAGAUGGUGGAGGAGUUGAACAGCGGGAAGGUGAUGUACGCCUUCUGUCGAGUACUAGACCCUAAUUCUGGUCUGCCCAAAUACGUCCUCAUCAACUGGACAGGUGAAGGGGUGAGGGACUCCCAAAAAGGCUUGUGUGCCAAUCACCUGAGUUCGGUCGCCAACUUCCUGAAGGGCGCCCACCUAACCAUCAACGCUCGUGACGAGGACGACGUGGAGCCAGACACCAUCUUGUCCAAAGUGUCCAAAGCGUCAGGGGCCAACUACAACUUCCACAAAACAACACAACAGUACGCAGACGUUCCCAGAGGACCUGUGGGUUCUGUUUACCGCAAAAUAAACGCUGUGGACGAAAUUCAUCAAACUGAGAAAGACACUUUUUGGGCUCAAUCUCAGAGGGAGGAGGAGUCACGGCGCCAGCAGGAGGUGAAGAGGGCGGAGCUACAGAGGCAAACCUUGGACCAGGAGAGGAGAGCAAUGGAGGAGAAAGAGACCAAUGAUAGAGACAUCAGAGUCCACGAGAAAGCCACGUACAUCGACGAGCUAAGAAAACUGGAGAAGCAAAGAGAAGAAGAAGACAGAGGGAAAGAACAGCUGUGGCAGGGUUCCGUUUACCGCAAAAUAAACGCUGUGGAUGAAAUUCAUCAAACUGAGAAAGACACUUUUUGGGCUCAAUCUCAGAGGGAGGAGGAGUCACGGCGCCAGCAGGAGGUGAAGAGGGCGGAGCUACAGAGGCAAACCUUGGACCAGGAGAGGAGAGCAAUGGAGGAGAAAGAGACCAAUGAUAGAGACAUCAGAGUCCAAGAGAAAGCCAUGUACAUCGACGAGCUAAGAAAACUGGAGAAGCAAAGAGAAGGAGAAGACAGAGAGAAAGAAGAACUGCGGCAGAAUUAUCAGGAGAAAGAGAACACGAGGACAGGAGGCAACAUUGCCGCCUCGGUGCACGCCGCUAACGAGGCGAAGGCUUUGAUCUCCCAGCGCUCCUUCAACCCUCGAGAUGUCUUCAAGCAGCGGGAGCAGAGUUUGGACCUCAACUACGGGCGCUCUCCCUCAGCCCCGAGAGCAGGGAAGCUGCAAAGCCCGUUUUUGUCCCAAACGCCCUUUGAGAGUCCAUCCAUCCUGCGGCCUCAGACUCCGCCUUCCCAAAAACCCUUUGAGGUUCCCACCAGCCCGCGGGCGGAGACUCCGCCCUUCCAGAAACCCCUGGAAAUCCAAAGCCCUUGGACUCCGCCCUCCUCGUCUUGGACUGCGCCCUCUUCGUCUCCUCCUGCCAGGAACUCGCCCGACAUGUAUCACGGCGGCUUCUCCUAUACAGCGCCACCUGUCGUCCCCGCCGCAGAUGCGGCCGAGGACGACGAUUGGUCGGACGAGUCCGACAACAACCUCUACGAAGCCUCGCCGCGUGCGGCGUUCGUCGGCAGUCUCGAAAAGACGCUCGCGGCGCCCCCUGCUGACAGGAUGUUUCCUCUACGCACAGAAGACAACAUGUACCAGGUGCCGCGGGCUGUCGGCGAGCGCCAGGGCUUUGAUGACAUCAUCCAGGACGCCGGCACGGCUGAAGUUGACGAUGGAGGUCAAAACAUUUGUGCCAGGGCCGUCUACGACUACCAGGCUGCUGAUGACACAGAGAUCACCUUUGACCCGGGUGACAUCAUCAAAGGGAUUCAGACGGUGGAUGAAGGCUGGUGGCGAGGUUACGGACCCGACGGCCAUUACGGCAUGUUUCCCGCCAAUUAUGUUGAACUGUUAUAACUUUGGUCUGAAUAAAUGUUGGUGUGUACUUAUUCUUAUGACUAGAUUGUAUUAUUCAAUUGAAGUGUCAUAGCUCGUAAGUUUUUGGUGACAUGAUGGAUAAUUGUUUGAUAAAUGGGUUUAUGAUGGGUGGGAGGAAAGUGAGUGUUGAUGAGAAGAAGUGGAUAAUGUUCAUGGAAAUAAAGAUAGAAAUCAUGGAAAAAGAUGAGUCUUCACCAUACUGAAGCAAAUGUUUUGCUGUGAACUGAAAAUGUUGUACAAAACCCAAAAGCAGUGAAGUUGUCACGUUGUGUAAAUGGUAAAUAAAAACA